AUCAAAAGAUUUGAACAAAGAUUCUAUUAAACUACACACGUUUUUUGGUUUGGAAACUGAAAUUUUGAGCAUAUUAGACAACCAGACUGUUCAGGAUGAGUAUAGUAAAGUACAGGUCACAGACGAAUGUAACAUACAAGAGGUUGAGCCAUGUACAAGCAAACGGGAGCACACAGCUGCUAUUGGAAAAGAGAAGCCUGGCAAAAUGGAACAAGAUAUUUUUGAAGAAGAAAGUGACAACAAGGAUUUUAAAACCAAAGUUAUAACACCCAAUAUGGAUGAUGCAGCAAAUGUUGAUCUAGAAACACACAUUUCCAGAUGUGGUUUGGAUUUUAAAGGAUUUUUUAACGUAGCUGAUCCUGCCUCCAGUGAAAUGGGAAGUUCCAUGGGAAAGUUUGAUGUUACAAUCAAAUCUGAAGGAGGGCCUACACAGGAACAGGCUAUUGCAUUUAAAAAUAUCCCCCUGGGUGAGGGCGAAGGGCAGGAGCGUCCAUAUUCAUAUAAGGAAAGCAGAGAGGAAGUUCCUGACUACAACAAUGACUCCAACAAUGGAAGUGCUACACAAAGGUUCCUGGAAGUAACAAAUUGCAGGGAAAACCAGACCACCCUAUUACAAGAAGAGGUGGAGAGUCGAGCAACAAAACACCUUCAAACCAGUGCCACUAGUGAAGGAGAGGGCAGUUUGGAAGAUCCUAUGGAAACACAACUCAUCAAGAACAGUCUGGAGGAGCGUAUUGCGGAGAAGACCCGACUAUCAGAUAUGCUUAUGAAAACUACAAGUGAAUACUCAAACUUUGAAACAAAUUUUAUGGAAGAUGUGGAUGAGAAAGGAGAAGAUCUAAAAGAAGCAGAAAAGGAGAUUGGAUAUGAAAUGAGGAAAGGUUUAUGUGAUAUUGACACUCUUGAUGCUGAUGUAGAAUUGCAAACUGGAUUUCAGAAUUUGAUCUCUUUGGAUCAAAAUGAAUACAAUGUACAGAUGCUGGAAAGACCUUUUGUAGAGACGGAAACUACAAGGACAGAUCUUUUGGAUGCAGAAGAAGGCUUGUUUACAUUUGAGGAAGACGUCACAGUGGUAAAAAAGAUAAGUGAUGGCUCUAGUGAAUCUGUCAAAUCAGGAUCUGCAGAUGAAGAUUGCACAACUGUAUCAAAUGACAAUGUAAUACCUGAUGUUGUCCACUACGAAAUCUCACCAGACGCAUUAUCAGUCGAAGAUGAACACCAAAAAUGUGCCUUAGAGCAGCAGAUAUUUGAUGAUGUGAUUGAGGAUGAAAUUCUUGAUUUGUGGAUACAGCAUACUUCGAUGGAGAGCUCUGAAGUGACUGAAGAGGACCAAGGCUAUGAGGAGAGUCUGUGUAAAAUACCAGAAGAAGAGAAGGUAGAGUCGAUGCCUGAAUUAAGCAUAGAGUGUGACGUUAAUGUAUCUUUAUUAACAACCGAGUCAGGUUUUUCUGACCAGUCUUUGAACAUGGAGACAUCACACGAAUGCAAUAAAGAGGAACAAGAUUCACUAAAAGAAGAGCAAAUAACUAAUGUAAGUUGUGCAUCAAAUAAAUCUGAGGGCAUGAAUGAAAGUUCUUUAGCAGAGCCUGAGUUAGAAACACCAUGGAGAGAAGAUUUGGGCACAACACCAGAAAGCACAGAUGAUGCCGAUGAAGCUAUAACAUCACAAAAUAUUGACAGUAUAAUGUCUCUGUCAACUCCGGUAAUGCAAGACAAUAAUACAUGUUCAGUGCAGAUGGAUGAUAAGGAAUUUACAACAUUAGGAACAGUUUAUGAACCAGAGACAUUGACAACGGACCAAUCAGACUUUUUCACUGAAUUGAAAAAUACAAUCUACACGACUGAUACAUACGAAACCGAAGAACGUCAGUUGCUUGAACAAGACAAGUCAAAAGUGGAAGCACUGUUAGAGUUUGAAAGAAUGGAGGAUAUGGAUAAGGUAGAUGUGAAGGAGUUAGACUUUACUCCACAAAAGUCAAGAAUUGCGGUCAAAAAUCCAAAAGUGAGGCCGCCUAAAGAUUUUCGUUUGCUGCUGCAUAAACCCUCACUUGAGCCUUCACCUUCGAAACCUAUGGCAUCACAUGUUCCCGCUGGUGUUCCUGUGGGUGGCUUGGGCAUCGGGAUUAAACUACCAGGCCUUGGAACUGGUUUCCCUAUUUUAAAAAAGACAAGGAAAACAGCAGAAGAAGAAACCCAAGUAACUACUCAGGAGAAAGAACCAAUCAUGGACGAUGGUGAUAAAGUCAAGCAAGAGGACUCACCACAAAGACCCAAAUGGAAGCCUCCAAAUCACCCAGGUUUUGGAAAUCCAUUGCUGUCAGAACUCAAAAGUAAGCUGAAGAAGACAACGAAAGAGUAAAUGUAUAGGCCUACUUUUUCAAUUUUGUAUGUUGUGCAUAAAUGUUAAAUGUGUUGCUAAGAUAACAGUGAAAUAUGUAUAGCAAAAGAAUAAUUCAAUUAUGUGAACUGGACAAAAGCUUUAGAGCCUAGACGUUUCGCCACUUAUCCAUGCAGCUUCUUCAGUUCUGGUCAGAUUGUUGGUUGACAUUGACUUAUAUCUGAAGGGAGGAGCUAAAUACACUGAAACUAACACACCUGUUGUUUACAGUUUCUGUUUGGUAGCUAGGUUAGCUAGUGUGAACUGUGCCUGAGUCAUAUUUUGCAUAAUCGUUCAGGCCCCUAAUGGGUGCUCUCAUACCUAUCAGUAUACUGGCUAUCACUAUUGUUUUCCUUGUUAAGAUUUAUGUCUGAGGAUGGAGUUGGAAAAAGGAGAUAAAUUAUGUCUAAGCCCCACAAUCCUAUUCAGAAAUGGAUUGUCUUUGCUAAGAAAAACUGCCUCUUUAACACUCCUCUCAAAAGAUUUAUUUUCAUUGGCUAAGAUCUGUACCUCACUACUGUCAAAGGAAUGGUUAUUGUCUUUGAGAUGGAGAUCUAGAGCAGACUGAGGUCCAGAGGUCCCAUGUUGGUACAUUCUCUCAUGGAGUGGCUGCUUAGUUUUUUUCAAUAUAAAGCUCACUGCACUCUUCACUACAAUCAAUGGAGUAGACCACAUUGCUUUGUUUAUGGCUCAGGGUUUUGUCCUUUGGGUGAACCAGUUUCUGUCUUCAAGUGUUUGCAGGUUUGAAAGCUCUCUUAGAUCUAUUAAAGGCACAUCUUGGACAUCAACAAGCAGAGAGGGCUUUCUGCAUGUGCAUGUCUUCACUCUAAAGCUUUUUCCAGUUGACAGAAUUGAAUUUUUCAUAUCACGCCUGCAUGACUCAGGGAUUACUCGGGCAUUGAAAUAUGGAUUUUGUAAAUUUUAUAAUGUACAUUUACAGCUAUUUAAUUUCUUAUGUUGUUAAAAAUUGGUAAAUGUGACUCUAAGAGAAAAAA